AUGGAGGGCGGGGGGCAAGGCGCAAAUGCUUUACUGAUCCGGUUUUUCUCUACUGGUUUGACAGCCCCACCCACGGUGAGGAUUGUUCACUCAGGCCUGGCGUGUAACAUCGAGGAGGAGCGGUACUCAGAGCGAGUGUACACCAUCCGCGAGGGGGAGACUCUGGAGCUGACCUGCUUGGUCACGGGCCACCCUCGGCCACAGAUCAGGUGGACCAAAACAGCAGGAAGUGCCUCUGACAGAUUUCAAGACUCAAGUGUCUUCAACGAAACUCUGAGGAUUACCAAUAUCCAGCGCCAUCAAGGAGGCCGCUACUACUGUAAGGCGGAAAAUGGCUUGGGUUCGCCAGCUAUAAAGUCAAUACGAGUGGAUGUCUACUAUCUGGAUGAUCCAAUAGUGACAGUUCAUCAGAGCAUAGGGGAAGCAAAAGAGCAGUUCUACUAUGAGAGGACGGUGUUUCUCAGGUGUGUUGCCAACUCCAAUCCGCCCGUUCGGUACAGCUGGCGGCGUGGUCAAGAGGUAUUGCUGCAGGGGUCCGACAAAGGAGUUGAAAUUUAUGAACCCUUCUUUACCCAGGGGGAAACAAAGAUUCUGAAACUAAAGAAUCUUCGACCUCAGGACUACGCUAAUUACAGCUGCAUCGCUUCGGUGAGGAAUGUGUGCAACAUCCCCGACAAGAUGGUGUCGUUUAGACUCUCCAAUAAAACAGCCUCUCCAUCGAUCAAGCUCCUGGUGGAUGACCCUAUUGUGGUGAACCCGGGGGAGGCCAUUACGUUAGUCUGCGUGACGACGGGAGGAGAACCGGCUCCCAGCCUCACCUGGGUGAGAUCCAUCGGGGUCUUGCCUGAGAAAAUUGUCCUGAACGGUGGGACCUUAACAAUACCUGCCGUCACUUCAGAAGACGCUGGCACCUAUAGCUGCAUCGCCAAUAAUAAUGUGGGCAACCCCGCAAAAAAGUCCACCAACAUCAUUGUAAGAGCCUUAAAAAAAGGUCGGUUUUGGAUCACGCCAGACCCAUAUCACAAAGACGACAACAUCCAGAUUGGGCGCGAGGUGAAAAUCUCUUGCCAGGUGGAAGCUGUUCCUUCGGAAGAGCUCACGUUUAGUUGGUUUAAAAAUGGACGCCCUUUGCGAAGCUCAGAGAGGAUGGUCAUUACCCAGACAGAUCCAGACGUGUCCCCUGGCACCACCAACCUGGAUAUCAUCGACUUGAAAUUCACGGACUUUGGGACCUACACUUGUGUGGCAUCCUUGAAAGGAGGCGGCAUAUCUGAUAUCAGCAUUGAUGUGAAUAUAUCCAGCAGUACAGUCCCACCCAAUUUGACUGUCCCACAAGAAAAAUCACCCUUGGUCACACGGGAAGGAGAUACUAUUGAACUGCAGUGCCAAGUGACCGGAAAGCCCAAACCGAUCAUUCUUUGGUCCAGAGCAGACAAGGAGACGGCGAUGCCAGAUGGAUCGAUGCAGAUGGAGAGCUACGAUGGGAUACUAAGGAUAGUGAACGUGUCUCGGGAGAUGACAGGAACGUACAGAUGUCAGACCAGUCAGUACAACGGAUUCAACGUGAAGCCGAGAGAAGCCCUGGUACAGCUCAUUGUGCAGUAUCCUCCUGCGGUGGAACCAGCCUUCUUGGAGAUUAGGCAAGGCCAGGGUCGAAGCAUCACCAUGAGUUGCCGGGUGCUGAGAGCGUACCCAACUCGGGUGCUGACAUUCGAGUGGCGACUGGGCAAUAAGUUGCUGCGGACUGGUCAGUUUGAUGCUCAAGACUCUACUGAAUACACCGUAAGCAGUCUGUCCAGGGACAGCUAUGGGAUUUACAAUUGCAACAUCAUAAAUGAAGCUGGAGCAGGGCGAUGCAGCUUUCUCGUUACAGGCAAAGCGUACGCGCCGGAGUUUUACUACGACACCUACAACCCCCUGUGGCAGAACCGGCCCCGGGUUUACUCCUACAGCCUGCAGUGGACUCAGAUGAACCCCGACGCUGUGGACCGCAUCCUUGCGUACCGCCUAGGGAUUAAGCAGGCUGGGCAGCAGCGUUGGUGGGAGCAGGAGAUUACAGUGAAUGGGAACAUUCAGAAAGGAGAAUUAAUUACAUACAACCUGACGGAGCUGAUCAAGCCAGAAGCCUACGAAGUCCGACUGACUCCUAUCACCAGAUUUGGGGAGGGAGAUUCGACCAUUCGUGUUAUCAAGUAUAGUGCUCCAGUCAAUCCCCACUUACGAGAGUUUCACUGUGGGUUUGAGGACAAUAACAUCUGUCUAUUCACCCAAGAUGAUACGGACAAUUUUGACUGGACGAAACAAAGCACUCUCACCAGACACCCAAAAUACACUCCAAACACUGGGCCCAUUGCAGACCGAACCGGGUCCAAAGAAGGUUUCUACAUGUACAUUGAAACGUCGCGCCCCAGGCUGGAAGGAGAAAAAGCCAGACUUGUUAGUCCUGUUUUCAGUGUGGUGCCUCAAAAUCCUUACGGAGCUACCAACACGGCGUACUGUUUUAGCUUCUACUAUCACAUGUACGGACAGCACAUAGGAAGCUUGAAUGUUUACCUGCGGCUAAAGGGUCAGACGACAAUAGAAAACCCAUUAUGGUCCUUAAGUGGGAAUAAGGGGCAGCACUGGAAUCAGGCCCGUCUUAACAUACACCCAACCACUUCAUUUCAGGUCAUUUUUGAAGGAAUCCGAGGCCCUGGCAUAGAAGGCGACAUUGCUAUUGACGACAUAUCAAUUGUGGAAGGAGAGUGUAUGAAAACAUACCAGCCGCCCAUCAAUUCGCGAUCAGGUGCUUUUGGGACGUUAGCACAUAUAUGGCUUUUCCCAGGUCUCCUCCUCCUGUCUGUCUUAAGUCAUCAGAGGUGACCUUGUUCUGGCAGAGGCUACAAAAGAUUCACCAGGCACUGGCAUGAAGAAAGAGUCUUUGUAAAAUGGACAUUUAAAAACAAACUACCAAAGAUUCCUCCACUGACUGACUCAAACGUUUAAAAAAAAAAAUAAAAGUUUAAAAAAAAA